AUGGACUCCAUGCACGAGAAGGGAAUAACCGACGAUCCUCGCUACGGCCAGAUGAAAGGGAUGGGAAUGCGGCCCGGCGGGCACGCGGGAAUGGGUCCUCCUCCGAGCCCGAUGGAUCAACACUCGCAAGGUUACCCUUCUCCGCUCGGCGGCUCCGAGCACGCCUCGAGUCCGGUUCCGGCCAACGGUCCGUCCUCUGGCCCUCAGAUGUCCUCGGGCCCCGGAGGAGUCCCCUUGGAUGGCACUGACCCCCAAGCGCUGGGGCAGCAGAACCGGGGCCCGACCCCUUUUAACCAGAACCAGCUGCACCAGCUGCGAGCUCAGAUCAUGGCCUACAAGAUGCUGGCCAGAGGCCAGCCCCUCCCCGACCACCUUCAGAUGGCGGUGCAGGGGAAGCGACCCAUGCCUGGAAUGCAGCAGCAAAUGCCGACACUACCUCCGCCCUCCGUGUCCGGGACAGGACCAGUGCAAGGACCAGUGCAAGGGCCUGGACCGGGACCGACACCUCCAAACUAUAACAGACCUCACGGUAUAGGAGGGCCUAACAUGCCCCCUCCGGACCCUCAGGGAGUUCGCCCAGGAAUCGCUGGGGAACACCCCGCCCCGCCGGCGGUGCCUCCCGCGGCGUCGCCCGUGAUGCCGCCCCAGACGCAGUCUCCCGGGCAGCCGGCCCAGCCGGCCCCCAUGGUGCAGCUCCACCAGAAGCAGAACCGGAUCACGCCCAUCCAGAAACCCAGAGGACUCGACCCGGUGGAAAUCCUGCAGGAGAGGGAGUACAGGCUGCAGGCUCGCAUCGCUCACAGGAUCCAAGAGCUGGAAAACCUUCCUGGCUCCCUGGCUGGUGACCUGAGAACCAAAGCUACCAUUGAACUUAAAGCACUAAGGCUGCUUAAUUUUCAGCGACAGCUGCGUCAGGAAGUCGUGGUGUGCAUGAGGCGAGACACGGCCUUGGAAACGGCCCUGAACGCCAAGGCGUACAAGCGCAGCAAGCGGCAGUCCCUGCGCGAGGCUCGCAUCACUGAGAAGCUGGAGAAGCAGCAGAAGAUCGAGCAAGAGCGGAAACGCAGGCAGAAGCACCAGGAAUACCUCAAUAGCAUUCUCCAGCACGCUAAAGAUUUCAAGGAAUACCAUCGCUCCGUCACGGGCAAAAUUCAAAAGCUGACCAAGGCGGUGGCUACUUACCAUGCCAACACGGAGCGCGAGCAGAAGAAGGAAAACGAGAGGAUCGAGAAGGAGAGAAUGCGCCGUUUGAUGGCUGAAGAUGAGGAAGGAUACCGCAAGCUCAUCGAUCAGAAGAAGGACAAGCGCUUGGCCUACCUGCUGCAGCAGACGGACGAGUACGUAGCCAACCUGACGGAGCUGGUGCGGCAGCACAAGGCCGCGCAGGUGGCCAAGGAGAAGAAGAAGAAAAAGAAAAAGAAGAAGGCAGAGAACGCAGAAGGGCAGACUCCGGCCAUCGGGCCAGAUGGCGAGCCGCUGGACGAGACGAGCCAAAUGAGCGACCUCCCUGUCAAAGUGAUCCACGUGGAGAGCGGCAAGAUCCUCACCGCGGACGCGCCCGUGCGGGCGCAGCCUCGGUCUGCGAGCUCCCGGGGCGGCGAGCCCUUCCCCUGGGGGUUUUCGGAGCCGUUGUUGUCCGCAGGCUCGGAGGAGGAAGAGGAGCAACCGCAACCUGCCCAGCCUGCCCUGCCUGUGGAGGAGAAGAAAAAGAUCCCCGAUCCAGACAGCGACGAUGUCUCAGAAGUGGAUGCCAGGCACAUUAUCGAGAACGCUAAGCAAGACGUUGACGACGAAUACGGGGUGUCUCAAGCUCUGGCGAGGGGCCUGCAGUCGUACUACGCCGUGGCCCACGCCGUCACCGAGAGGGUGGACAAGCAGUCCACGCUGAUGGUCAAUGGAGUCCUCAAGCAGUACCAGAUCAAAGGUUUGGAGUGGCUGGUGUCCUUGUACAACAACAACCUGAACGGCAUCCUGGCAGAUGAAAUGGGUCUGGGCAAAACCAUCCAGACCAUCGCUUUAAUCACAUACCUCAUGGAGCACAAACGGAUCAACGGACCCUUCCUCAUUAUAGUACCUCUCUCAACUCUGUCGAAUUGGGCGUAUGAGUUUGACAAAUGGGCUCCUUCUGUGGUGAAGGUCUCAUACAAGGGCUCUCCAGCAGCAAGACGGGCAUUCGUACCUCAGCUCCGAAGCGGGAAAUUCAAUGUCUUGCUCACUACGUACGAAUAUAUCAUCAAAGAUAAGCACAUCCUGGCCAAGAUCCGCUGGAAGUACAUGAUCGUGGACGAGGGCCACAGAAUGAAGAACCACCACUGCAAGCUCACCCAGGUCCUCAACACGCACUACGUGGCUCCGCGCCGUUUGCUGCUGACGGGAACCCCGCUGCAGAACAAGCUCCCGGAGCUGUGGGCCCUGCUCAAUUUCCUCCUGCCGACCAUCUUCAAGAGCUGCAGCACGUUCGAGCAGUGGUUUAACGCUCCUUUUGCCAUGACGGGAGAGAAGGUGGACCUGAACGAAGAAGAAACCAUCCUGAUCAUUCGGCGUUUGCACAAAGUGCUGCGCCCCUUCCUGCUGCGGAGGCUGAAGAAGGAAGUCGAAGCGCAGCUGCCUGAAAAGGUGGAGUACGUGAUCAAGUGUGACAUGUCCGCCCUGCAGAGGGUCCUCUACAGGCACAUGCAGGCCAAGGGGGUGCUCCUCACGGAUGGCUCCGAGAAGGACAAAAAGGGUAAAGGCGGUACGAAAACCUUGAUGAACACGAUCAUGCAGCUGCGGAAGAUCUGUAACCACCCCUACAUGUUUCAGCAUAUAGAGGAAUCCUUUUCCGAGCACUUGGGGUUCACGGGAGGUAUCGUGCAAGGACUGGAUUUGUACCGUGCCUCGGGCAAAUUUGAGCUCCUCGACAGAAUUCUCCCCAAACUGCGAGCCACCAACCACAAGGUGCUGCUCUUCUGCCAGAUGACCUCCCUCAUGACCAUCAUGGAAGACUAUUUUGCUUAUCGCGGAUUCAAAUACCUCAGGCUGGACGGUGAGUGCCUCUGACGCGCGGGGACGGCAGCCGCCCCUCUGUUACUCGCGGCUCGUGCUGGCUGUAAAUCACUCGGCAAACGAUGCGCGCUUCCCCGGCAGGACCUGCAGGCGCAAGACCGAGCGCACCGCAUCGGGCAGCAGAACGAAGUGCGCGUUCUCCGCCUCUGCACCGUCAACAGCGUGGAGGAGAAGAUCCUUGCCGCCGCCAAAUACAAGCUGAAUGUUGAUCAGAAGGUUAUCCAAGCCGGCAUGUUUGACCAGAAGUCCUCGAGCCACGAGCGAAGAGCCUUCCUCCAGGCUAUCUUGGAGCACGAGGAGCAGGACGAGGUAAGGGGCAGCGCAGGCAGCUUCCUCCUACUCCAGAGCGCGAAUGGCGAACGUGAAGAAGACGAAGUCCCCGACGACGAAACGGUCAACCAGAUGAUUGCGCGGCACGAAGAGGAGUUUGACCUUUUCAUGCGCAUGGACCUGGACCGCAGGCGGGAGGAGGCGCGAAACCCCAAGCGCAAACCGCGCCUGAUGGAGGAGGAUGAGCUGCCGUCUUGGAUCAUCAAGGAUGAUGCCGAGGUGGAGAGGUUGACGUGUGAGGAGGAGGAGGAAAAGAUGUUUGGGCGAGGCUCGCGGCACCGUAAGGAGGUGGACUACAGCGACUCGCUGACGGAAAAGCAGUGGCUCAAG